AUGUCUUCUCAGCAACAGCAGCACUCCAAGUGCCCACCCCAGCAGGCCCAGCAGCAGCAGGUGAAGCAGCCUUGCCAGCCACCCCCAGUGAAAUGUCAAGAGACCUGCUCGCCCAAAACCAAGGAUCCCUGUGCUCCCCAGGCCAAGAAGCAAUGUCCACCCAAAGGUGCUGACCAGCAGAAGCGUCCCUCAGGCCAGCAAGCUCCCCAGAGUAAACAGAAGUAA